AUGAUUCAUCCGUCACGACAAGCAUACGUCGAGGAAGCCCAGUCGCCAAAGGGCAUCGCAUUGGAAGACCUUCCCGAUGAUCAUGACUACGAUAUGCCGACCGCCGGCGCCGGCGCCCCUUCAGAAAAGGCUUCAGCAAUCCUGGACCAGUUCAGGCGAAAGCGCGCUGCCGCGGAGCUCAACGUCCCGACCAACGAUGACCGCGUUCGUGCAGUUCUGAGGUCCAUGGGCGAGCCCAUAACCCUUUUUGGUGAAGGGAAAGCAGAGCGACGAGACCGACUCCGAGAAUUGAUGUUGAUACAGACGGAGAUGAACGGCCUUGAAAAUGGGGACAUUGAUAUGGAUGAUGCACCAGAUGAUAAGCAGGAGGAAGAGCAGGAGGAAGAAUUCUACUCGAGAGGUGGCCCAGACUUGUUACAGGCUCGCAUAAAGCUCGCUGAGUACUCUCUACCCAGGACGAAGAAGAAGAUUCAAUUCCAGAAAGAAGAGUCAUCAAUACCACUACGAACACACGUCAAAUUCCGGAAACAUAUCAAGGAGAGGUUACAAGCCUUUGAGCUACAAGGCAGUCAGACUGUUGGCGAGCGACACAUCAGCAUGGUGAGGAUGGCUCCCAACGGUGAGCACGUGGCGGUUGGUAACUGGGGUGGCCAAAUCAAGCUGGUGGAAGUGCCCAACUUGACUGAGAAGAUGAACUUACGAGGACAUACCAACAAAAUCAGCGGUCUUUCCUGGUUCCCCGGUGCCACUCUUCCGGAAAGUGGCGUAUCCCCUGAUUCAGUCAACCUGGCAUCAGGUGGUGCCGAAGGUCUUGUUCACCUAUGGUCGUUAUAUAAAGACACCCCCUUGUCAACGCUGCAGGGCCAUUCCCAACGUGUUUGUCGAGUCGAGUUUCACCCUUCUGGAAAAUAUCUAGCCUCCGCAUCUGACGACACAUCUUGGAGGCUUUGGGAUGUCGAGACGACAACGGAAAUCCUCCUCCAGGAAGGUCAUUCACGAGGCGUGUACGCCAUUAGCUUCAAUACUGAGGGUUCACUUCUUGCUAGUGCAGGUCUGGACAGCAUCGGCAGAAUAUGGGAUUUAAGAUCUGGAAGGACGGUCAUGAUUCUCGAUGGGCAUAUGGAUGGUCACAUUAAGCCGAUCCAUGCGCUCGACUGGAGUCCAGACGGACAUCGAGUGCUGAGCGGUUCCGCGGAUGGUUGGGUCAAGUGCUGGGAUGUACGCAAAGUUCAGAGAAGCGGCGGCAUCGGUGCACAUUCAAGCGCAGUCUCGGAUAUGCGAUGGUUCAAAGGUCUCGAUGACCCUCUUGAUGGCAUUCCCCCGGCGUUAGACGAGAAAGGCUUACGAGUACCUAAGAAAUCCGGCACGUUCUUCGUCUCCAGUGGAUUCGACAAAAAUGUCAAGAUCUUCUCUGCAGACGAUUGGACUCUGGUGCAAACUCUGAGCGGGCAUACUGGGCCUGUGUCCAGUGUAGACUAUAGCAGGGACGGGAAAUGGAUCAUCAGUGGCGGCCAUGACAGGACUGUCAAGCUUUGGGGCCGAAACGAUGGUGAAGGCAUCUGA